AUGCUUUUGCUGAGACCCAACAUUCUGUCUAUUUGGGCUCUUCCUUUUGCUGAGACAACAUUCUGUCUAUUAGCUCAUUCUUUGCUGAAGACCCAACAUUCUGUCUUUUUGGCUCAUUCUUUUAUUAAGACCCAACAUUCUACCCAACAUUCUGUCUUGUUGGGCUAUUCCUUUUGCUGGGACAUAUUGUCUGUUCAUCUCUUUUUUCUAUCAUGCACUUUAUUCUCAUUCUUCUUUUGGGCUCAUCCUUUGCUGAGACCCAACAUUCUCUCUUGGGCUCAUCCUUUUGCUGAAACCCAACAUGUUACCCCACACAUCCUGUCUUCCUGGAUUAUUCCUUUUACAAAAAAACCACAUAUUUGUCUUCUUCAUCUCACACUUUUCUAUCAUGCACAUAUUCUCAUUUCUUGUGCUAUUCCUUUUCCCGACUCAAACAUUCUGUCUUCCUGGGUUUUUCCUUUUCCCUUAUGCAUACAGAUUCAUUUUGCUUCUGUCCCUUUUUUUUCAAUACCCAUAUGUUUCAUUUUCUUGGGGCUAUACUUUUUAUUACCAACCCACUUUCUGUCUUUUUGGUUUUUUUCUUUUUCUUUACAACCACAGAAAAUCAACAUUUUCAUUGCUCUUACUCUAUUGCAUACUUCUCAUUCUUUUUCUGAUUUUUUUUCUAUUUCUUUUGCUACGACCUACACAUUCUCACUUCUUGCUCUCUUCCUGUCUUCGGGAACACUUAGUUUUUCUAACACCCACACAUUCAGCCUUUUUGGGCUCACCCUUUUGCUAUCUCCAACAUAUUCUACCUUCCUUUUGAUAUCACCCAUACAUCAUUUUCUCUUCUUCAGUUCUUCCUUUCGUAACAUUCUGUUUUCUUGGGCUCUUCUUUUUCAUACCCUUUAUUCUCUCAUCUUCCUUCAUUCUCUUUUGUCUUUCAGUUUUCUAACACCCUCAUUCUCUCUUUUUGGGCAAUUUCUUUUUGCUAAUUCUCCCAAACAUUCAUUAUUAUAUUUUCUCUCUUUUGGAACCUCACCCUCGCAUUCUGUCUUCUUGUGCUUUUCCUUUUAUCAAGAUUCUCUCUCCCACAUUAAUCUUUUGGGAUCAUUCCUUCUUCCUGGCCCUCUCAUUCUGCUACAUUCCAUAUUCUUGGCACUUCUUUUCGUUAACGCCCACAUUCUCUUUCUCCACAUUCUCUCUUUUGACAUCUUUUUUUUUCUAACAUCCUUUUCUUCUCUUUUUCUUGGGCUCUUUCUUUUUGCGCCCACACAUUCUCUCUUCCUAUUUCUUUUGCUAAAACUUCCUCAUUUCUCUCAUUGGACACCUCAUUUUCAUUCUCUCUUUCUUUGUCUAUUUUCUCUUCUCUCUUCCUUCUGA